UUCCUUCGCAGGCGAAAUGAUGUUUUAGUGAGAAUAAAAUGUCUCUAUCUACUCAGCAUGAUGACAGUGAAAGCCAUUAUGUAAUGCUCGCAAAGCUGGACAACGCAAGGAAUGUUUCAAAUAUACUGAAAGCAAUUCAUUUCAAAGAGACAGCAACAGUUUUUGCAAGCUCCUUAGGGAUCAAGGUGACAGUGGAAGAUUCGAAAUGUGUGCAGGCCAAUGCCUUUAUCCAGGAGGGAGUUUUUCACCAUUUCAGUGUUAAAGAUGAACAGAUCACAUUUAAAAUCAACCUGACCGUUCUUCUGGAAUGUCUAACAAUAUUUGGGAGCACCUCUUUGCCUGGAGUUACAACCAGUCUUAAAAUGUGUUAUGCUGGCUAUGGAUGUCCCUUGGUUCUAGUCCUUGAAGAGGAAGGAGUGCUUACAGACUGUACAAUAAAAACUCUUGAACCAGAUGAAGUUUUGGACUUCAACUUUUGUAGUUCAAAUGUAAUUAACAAAAUUAUCAUGAAAUCUGAAUGUCUAAAGGAAGCAUUCAGUGAACUGGACAUGACCAGUGAUAUAUUACAGAUUCUGAUGUCCCCUGACCAGCCUUAUUUUAGACUGUCAACAUUUGGAAAUGCUGGCAGCACACAUUCUGACUUUCCUAAAGACUCUGAUAUGGUGGAAUCCUUUCUAUGCACUCAGACACAGACAAAUAGAUAUAAGAUCUCACUUCUGAAGCCCUCCGUGAAGGCUCUGGCCUUGUCCACACGAGUUUCAAUACGAACGGACAAUCGGGGUUUCCUGUCUCUUCAGUACAUGAUCAAAAAUGAGGAUGGACAAGUCUGCUUUGUUGAAUACUAUUGUGCACCAGAUGAGGAUAUGGAUGAGGAAGAUUAUUAAUAUAUUUGUGUGUUUAAAGACUAAAUAUUUGGUUUAAAAUCUAUGACUAGAGAUAUUCAGGAAAUUUAUUAUGUUGGAAGUGAUCCUGGCCAUGUGAAGUAUUGCUGUACCAGAAAUUCUUAUCAAGAUUAUCAAUCACUCGUGAAGAAUGGAGUAUAUGUUAUCCAUUGAUUGAUCAUCAUAAUCAUUUUUACAGUAUUUUCUAGUAUAGAUUGUGAACAGAAAUAGUUUUCUCUUUAUGCAUAAAUUUGUCAUACUACA